AUGAAAUCAAAUUAAAGUUAAUUGAUAAAUCUGUUAUAGAUUGAGAGAUGCUGGGCAAUAGUUUUUGAUUCUUAUGGGUCAAUUAUCGUAUCAACUUAAUUGAAAAAAAUUAAAGUAUGGAGCUCUCUAAAUGGAACAAUUAAAUUACAAACAAAAUUGUAAGGACAUAAUGAUUCAACUAAGUGUUUAAUAUUAGUAAGAAAUAGAAUUCGUUUGCUGCAGGUGACAAUAAAAUAAGAUGCUGAAAAUAAUUGGGCUCAAUUAAUUGGAUUAAUUCAUAACCUUAUAAAGAGCAUAAAUUAUUUGUAAGAAGGAUUACAUUGA